ACAUUUGUUGCUGAAAAUUCUGAUCAUUUUAAAAUAAUAAAAAUACAAUGAUUGUCUUCCAGAUUGUUUUUUUUAAAUUAAACAGUGAACUGUCCCCCUGCAGGUUGGAGUGGGUGGAGAUCAUCGAGCCGCGCACGCGGGAGCGCAUGUACGCCAACCUGCUGACUGGCGAGUGCGUGUGGGACCCCCCGCAGGGCGUCUGCAUCAAGCGGACCGGCGACAACCAGUGGUGGGAGCUGUUCGACCCCAACACCUCGCGCUUCUACUACUACAACGCCUCCACCCAGCGCACGGUGUGGCACCGGCCCCAGGCCUGCGACAUCAUCCCCCUGGCCAAGCUGCAGACCCUGAAGCAGCACACCGACGCCACCAACCCCCGUCCCGCCAGCGGAGGAGGGGGGAGGGCGUCGGCGGAGAACAGUCCGGGACGCAACAGCGGGGUCAGCCGCGAGGGGAGCACCUCCUCCUCCCUCGACCAGGAGCUCUCUGAGAAACAGGGUGGCAGAGAGGAGGCAGACAGGACUUCUCCUUUCAGGUGGAACACGGGUACGAAGGAGCGAAUGCUGAUCAAGGUGACGGACAGAGAGCCCAGCUUCUUGGCCCACCAAGGAAAUGGGUAUUCCCCCUGCGACCCCCCACCCCCGGUCCCUUCUGGAGGGGGCACCACCUCAAGAACCCGCCGUUCCUCUGGAGGAAACCCGCCCCCAGAACCCGAAGGCUCACCCGUACUCUACACCGACCGCCGCCAGUCCCCCUUCCUGAAGCGGGCCGAGCUGGGUGGCACAGGCACCCACCGCCGCUCCUCAGCCGACUCCCAGCCCCCGCCCCGCUACGGCUACGAACCCCCACUGUAUGAGGAGCCGCCAUCAGAGUACCAGCCCCCUCCCAUCUACGAGGAGCCGCCCACUGACAUGCACCUCUCCGACUCCUUCUACGGCACUGGCAAGUCACCUGCUCGCAAGACUUCAGCCCCCCUCUAUCACUCCCCCAAGCAGGGCCAGUCGCCCUACGGCCAGCUGGUUUUGACCCGGCAGAAGUGUCCAGAAAAGACCCAGAGUCUGGAGUACAGUCCUGUGGGGAAGGAGUACGUAAAGCAGCUGGUGUACGUGGAACAGUCGUCUUCCAGCCCACGCUUCAAGACUGCCGACCGCCUGCUGCGCUACGGCACUACAGGGGGCUAUGGUGGCUCGUAUGGGGGGUCCUAUACUCUGCAGCACAGCCAGUCUCUGAUCAGGGACCCCCGCCUACUGCUGGACUACAGUGGGGAGGGUGGAGAGGGAGGACAGAGGUUGCUUUAUGAGGACUCCAUAUCCUGGACGUCCAGUCAGACCCACUCCCUCUCCUCUUCCUCUACCGGCGGCCCUGGGGCUUUCUCCCCGGGUAACCGCAAACGCAAGAGCCGUAAGCCCUCCCUCCCCCAGGAGCUGGUGCGCUGCGUGGGGCAGGAGGGGGAGCUGGUGGGCACAGCGUCCGAGGCGAUGCUGGCCCAGGCGAGGCUGGCCUGGGAGGCCCAGCAGGUGAUGAAACAGAGGAGCAGUUGGGACUCGGGGCAGGGCGGCGGGAUGGCGGCCCAGGGCGGCGGCUCCAAAGAUGGCUAUGAGAGUGACGGGGCGCUGCCUCUGCCGUUGCCGGGACCGGUGGUGAGGGCGUUCAGCGAGGACGAGGCACUGGCGCACAGCGACGGCCACCACUGGAAACGCAGCACCUUCGAUCGGCUGGGCUUCCCCCAGGCCCUGCUGGAGAAAAGCCUGUCCGUCCAGACCAAUCUGGCCUCCCCCGAGCCUUACCUCCACCCCUCACAGUCGGAGGACCUCGGAGCCUGCGCCCAGUUUGAGGCCAGCCGAAAUGCCAGGAACAUGAUGCCGAGCGCCAGCUGCGGCAUUUUCCCAGAAUUCACCCUGAGAAAGCCCUCCUCGGAGACGGACAUCGAGAACUGGGCGUCCAAGCACUUCAACAAACACACGCAGGGUCUGUUCAGGCGAAAGGUGUCCAUCGCCAACAUGCUGGCCUGGAGCAGUGAGCCCAUCAAGAAGCCCAUGAUUGUGACCUCCGACCGCACCGUGAAGAGGGAGGCAGUGGACAUCUUUAAACUCAUUCAGACCUUCAUGGGAGACCGCCGCGCCAAGGUCGACUCCCUCGCCGUGGCUCUGGAGGUGGUGGUGCGCGGCUGGAGCCACCAGGGUCUGCGCGAUGAGCUCUACAUCCAGCUGUGUCGCCAGACCACGGAGAACUUCCGGUACGACAGCCUGGAGCGAGGCUGGGAGCUGAUGGCCAUCUGCCUGGCCUUCUUCCCCCCCACGCCCCGCUUCCACACCUACCUGGAGGGCUACAUCUGCCGACACAUGGACCCCCUCAACGACACCAAGGGAGUGGCCAUUAGCAGCUAUGCUAAAUACUGCUACAGGAAACUGACAAAAGCUGCUCUGACUGGUGCCAAGAAGGGUCUGCAGAAGCCCUGUGCGGAGGAGAUCAAGCAUGCCAGGAACGCCAUCUUCAGUCCAUCCAUGUUUGGCUCCUCCCUGGAUGAGGUGAUGGCACUCCAGAAGGAGCGCUACCCUGACAACCAGCUGCCCUGGGUGCAGACCCGCCUCUCCGAAGAGGUUCUGGGUCUCAACGGAGACCAGAUGGAAGGCAUCUUCAGGGUACCGGGGGACAUAGAUGAAGUCAAUGCCCUCAAGCUGCAAGUGGAUCAAUGGAAAAUCCCCACAGGGCUGGAAGACCCACACAUCCCAGCGUCUCUGCUGAAGCUCUGGUACAGGGAGCUGGAGGAGCCGCUGAUCCCCCAUGAGUUCUACGAGGAGUGCAUCAGUCACUAUGACAACCCGGAGGCAGCUGUCAACGUGGUGCUGGGCCUGCCGCACAUCAACAAACUGGUGCUCUGCUACCUCAUCCGCUUCCUACAGGUGUUUGCCCAGCCCGCCAAUGUGACCAUCACCAAGAUGGAUGUGAACAACCUGGCCAUGGUCAUGGCCCCCAACUGUCUGCGCUGCCAGUCCGACGACCCCAGGGUGAUCUUCGAGAACACCCGCAAGGAGAUGUCCUUCAUCCGGGUGCUCAUCCAGCGGCUGGACACCAGCUUCAUGGACGGAAUCCUAUAG